UGUCAUGUGUUAUAGAUAGUCUUGGACGUUGUCGAUGGAUCAAAGGACAAUUGUGUUUUCAUUUCUGUGGAUUGUUUCUUAUGAAAUGACAGAUCAUUGAUAUAUCGUAUUACUCAUAAAUGCAAGUAUAAUAAAAAAAGUAGUAAUCAUCUGGCAGUUAACGUCGAAAAAAGUGUAUAAUCAUUUUCUCUAUUUGCGUCACCUCAGUAAUUCAGGAUCCAUCAUGCCAUUCUUAUAUAGCGCAGUGUCUCGUGGAACAAUCGUGUUAGCAAAAUAUGCUACUUGUGUUGGAAAUUUUGACGAAGUAACAGAGAAUCUCCUAGCAAAAGUGAAACCUGAAGAUCACAAGUUUACAUAUUCACAAGGACAAUAUCUUUUUCACUAUAUAUGUGAAAACAACAUUAUUUAUAUGUGUAUCACAGACAAUGAUUUCCAAAAGUCUAAAGCAUUUUUGUAUUUAGUAGAAAUUCAAAGAAGAUUUUUGGCUGUUUAUGGCGAAGAUGCUCAAACCGCAGUACCGUAUGCAAUGAAUACAGAUUUUGCUAGAACCUUAGCUAGUGCAAUGAAACAUUACAGCGAAUCCAAUAAAGAAAUUGAUACGUUAGUUAACGUUCUUGAUGACCUCGACGAAUUAAAAGAUAUAAUGAGCAAAAAUGUGGAUAAUGUGGCAAAGCGUGGAGAACGGUUAGAAUUGCUUGUAAACAAGACUGAAAAUUUAACUGCCAAUUCGGUUACGUUUAGGAAAACUAGCAGAAAUUUGGCACGCUCAUUGUUUUGGAAAAACGUAAAAAUUUACGUCAUUGUCGGUGUCGUCCUAAUUGUUCUCGUAUAUGUUAUUGUAUCUAUAUCUUGCGGAGGCUUGGCUUGGCAAAAAUGCGUUGGAAAUUAAUUCACCUUUGUAACAUUCAGACCAAUACGUUGUGUCUCUAAAAUGUGAUCUAAAAGAUACUUUGAACAAACGAAAAAACAUUCACGGUGCGUAUUUUAUUUCUUGGUUUCUGUUAAGCGUGAAUAACUGAGGAAUACAAUUCGUUUCUACGGCUUUAACGAAGCAAAAAUAAUGUAGG